AGACACAAUCAUGAUGGUAUACAAAAAGCCGCAGCACAGCCAGAAGCUCCUGGAGUCACUGCCGAGCUGAUAGAGCAGCCUGCUCUCCCCUCUGCCUUCUCCCUGCAGUGUCCGAUUACAGGAAAGGAAGGGCACAAUGAGCUGUGAGGUAUAUCCGCAAUGCAGUGCCUCCACCUCACUCACUGACACAUGGGAGAGACAAUGAGCAGAAGAUCCUGGAACUCACCAACCAGAUCAUUCAGCUGCUGACUGGAGAGGUUCCUAUAAGGUGUCAGGAUGUCACUGUCUAUCUCUCCAUGGAGGAGUGGGAGUAUGUAGAGGGGCACAAGGAUCUGUACAAGGACGCCAUGACGGAGAAUCACCGGCCAAACACAUCACUGGGUUUACGUAAGUGUGCUACAUCGGAAUAUUCAUCCACUAAUAAUAUGGAGGAUUCUGUCGCAUGUGAAGAAGGAAGUCCCUCAGAUAAUGCAGCCGCAGGCCGGGCCCCAGAGACGGAUACUGAUAUUAGGGCUGAAUCGGCCUCCAGUGAAGAAGGCAAUAUUGGAGAUUCAGAUGUUUGUACACACACACCUCAUACGCAGAGUGAUUCUGUUCCUAUAAAGGAGAGCUCCGUCUCGAGUGACGAGGGAGAUCCCACAGACAGUGACGAUUAUACUGACAGAACAUCUUUUCACAUAAAGGAGGAAUCUGUUUCCAGCGAAGAUCUCACGGACACGGACAUUUUUACACUAACAGAUCACACACUGUAUACAUCUAUUAAGGAGGAACCUGUCUCCUGUGAUGAUGAUAAUCUCACGGACACUGAGAUUUAUACACCCACAGAUCAUACACACUCUACAGCUAAUCAUAUUAAGGAGGAAUCCGUCUCCUGUGAAGAGGGAGACCUCACGGACACUGACAUGUACACACCCACAGAGGAAAUACAGUAUACAUCUUUUAUCAUUAAGGAGGAAUCCUAUUACAGUAUAACAGACGCUAAUGGGAGUACACCCAGCGCAUCCACUCAUUCUGAGGAACACAGUGAGAAUGGGCAGAAACUUCAAUCGAAGGAGAAACUGCUGCGCUGCCCCGAAUGCGGGAAGUGCUUUAGAUGGAACGCGGAACUCGUCCGGCACCAGAGAGUGCACACGGGAGAGAAGCCCUACUCUUGCUCAGAGUGCGGUAAGUGCUUCACCGGCAACUCCAAUCUCAUUAAGCAUCAAAGGAUCCACACAGGGGAGAAACCCUACUCCUGCACCGAGUGUGGGAAGUGCUUCACCGACAGCUCCACCCUGGUCAGGCACGAGAGAAUCCACACGGGGGAGAAGCCCUAUUCCUGCACCGAGUGCGGGAAGUACUUCACCACCAUCUCAGAACGUGCCACGCACCAGAGGAUUCACACCGGCGACAAGCGGUACUCCUGCUCAGAAUGCGGGAAAUGUUUUACCGACAGCUCUGCGCUUGUUAAACACAAACGAAUUCACACAGGGGAAAAGCCUUACCCUUGUCCCUCCUGCCAGAAAUGCUUUAACAGCACCUCCGACCUCAUUAAGCACCAGCGAAGCCACACUGGAGAGAAGCCUUACUCCUGUUUCGAGUGCGGGAAGUGUUUCAUCAGCAGCUCGAACCUCAUUGCCCACCAGAGAAGCCACACGGGGGAGAAGCCCUACUCCUGCUGCGAGUGCGGGAAACGCUUUAUCAGCAGCUCCCACCUCGUCAUACACAAGAGGAUUCACACCAGGGAGAAGCCCUACGGUUGUUCGGAGUGUGGCAAAGGCUUCACCAACACCUCCGCUCUGGCUAGACAUCGGCGGCUUCACAUUGAAGAGAAGCCGUACACUUGCACUGAGUGCGGAAAGUUUUUCGUCUGCGCCUCAAACCUCACUGUGCACCAGAGAAGCCACACAGGGGAGAAACCCUUCGCCUGCUCAGAGUGUGAAAAGUCCUUCAUCCGGAAGUCCCAUCUGGUUAUUCACCAGAGAAUUCACACCGGAGAGAAGCCCUAUGUUUGCACCGACUGCGGGAAGAGCUUCACCUGUAACUCCGCUCUCGCUAGACACCUAAGACUCCAUACGAAGGAGAAACCCUACUCUUGCAGCGAGUGUGGGAAGUGCUUUAACAAUAGCUCCAAUUUUGCCACCCAUCAGAGAAUUCACACGGGAAAGAAGCCAUACAGUUGUACCAAGUGUGGUAAAAGCUUCCUCAGGAAGGCACAACUUUCAAAGCAUAAGGCAACUCACGAAGAAGAAGAAGAAAAAUGACAGGAGGUCUCUAAGGAUGCGUGUACCGAAGGGAGGGUGUUGAGGGCUAAUCGCAAAGCAUUGUGGGUGCAUUUGGGAGUAUUUAUUUGCUGUGUAGAGAUUAGGGCAUCGUUAUACAUACUAGUGAGGAGAUGGGAGUGGACCCAAGAGUAUUAAUUGACAUCAUUGAUGAAAGGUAAAUGUCCCUUUUUAAAACUAGUCAUUUCCAACACUUAAAAGAGGUAUUUAUUGUAAUCGUGUUUAUUUACUGUUCUGUGGCAAUCGUUCUAUUCCAGCCUCUGUAAGUGCCCUCAAGUUUACGUUUUUUGCUGGUCCAGUUAUUUUAAACAUAGUAAUGGAUAAAUCUCAUCAGGAGAACAGAUUAUAGGAAUGCUUCUGAGUCGGGCAGAUCUGAGUGCUGGGUCUCAAGCAGCGAGUGUUUGCAUACAGCCAUGCACAGAUGCCAGUUUACUCAUCUUUGAGUAUCUCCUUCUAAUUCUGAGUGGAACAGAACUCGGUCAGAUCUGUCUCUCCGUGACAUUGGGUCUUUUAGGUUGGCAACCAAUGCAAAUACACAGAACCGUCCUGACUUAUUGGAGUGCAGUGGGCAUGUAUCAAAACCUCUGUGCUGUUUAGAGUCGUGCGUACAGGCAAGGGAAUCCGGUUCCUGAUGGAGCUCUUGCACCUAGACGGGAUCCUGUGUAGAGAGAGUUAGAUUUGGGAGGGUUAUUUUGUUUCUGUGCAGGGUAAAUACUGGUUGCUUUAUUUUUACACUGCAAUUUAGAUUUCAGUUUGAACACACCCCACCCAAAUCUAACUCUCUCUGCACAUGUUACAUCUGCGGGGAGUGGUGGCAAAAACGGAAGGUGUGUCACGGCUAUUUUCGGGGCGUGUAUCUGCCUUCAUCUGCAAUCAUGUACGUAGAGAAACAUGGCUCCAGCGUCGCUACCGCCGCGGCUAGUCUGCGUGACCACCAUAGACUCACUCGAGGAGUCAAUGUUCCUCGUUACUGCGCCGGUGCUCCCUAUGUGUACACAGUUGCUGUGGACUUUACGAUGGCUAUGGUGGGCAUUUGUAUUCUUUUCUGGGCGGCAGCUUCACUUGCGACGAUAAGCAAGUUCAUAGCCUAAAAUUUGCAAUUGCGUAGGCAUGUGCGUGCAAACAUGGAUCAUGCCCGUGUACAAUGAAACAAACUCCAUAUUUAAUAAUUACCAAGUAGAUUGGCAGCUUUUAGAGAGAGGGAUCCGAAACCGUCUACUGUAUUCCGUUUACUAUAGACAGAAGUAAACUCGGUACUUUGGUCGUGACUCUUGACCAAUCAGAAUUCACAAUCCAGCCACACCUCCUGUCCAUAGAUGACUUGGAUUACCUGCCAGUCUUGUCCUGCAGAGCUGUUGCCUGUGAGAUUUGGUCACCAUUCUCAUUUCUGUUUGGGAAAGAAGUAACUUCCACCAAAUUAGAUUGGGGGGGUUUGUAUAUAGUUAAUAUAGGGGUGGUCUCUUUAUGGAGCUAAGGGCCCGAUUCAGACAUGAUCACUUUUGUGCGAAAUUACACAGCAGCCGAUUAUUGAAUGACUGCGCAUGCGUAUGCACCGCAAUGCACAGGUGCGUCGCCAAACAGCGACAAGAUGGUGCGAAAAUUUUGAUUGCACGGGUGUUCGCAAGGUGAGUGACAGGAAGCAAACAUUUGUGGGUGGUAACUGGCUGUUUUUCUGGGAGUGUCAGGAAAAACGCAGGCGUUCCCAAGCGUUUUCAGGGUGGGUGUGUGACGUCGGCUCCGGACCCAAACAGCCGGUUUGUAUCGCAACGUAGGAGUAAGUCCUGGGCUGCGCAUAGACUGGUGAAAUCAUUCGAUGGUGAGUGAGUUGCUAACGGAUUUGCAGCUGUCCGCUAUCUGGCGGAAAUUUCGCACGCCGUACACAACCAUUUGCACACUUGCACGGGGCGGGUUUUCACUCUUCCUGGGCAGUGACUAUCUGAUCACAGACCUCUGCAAAUUUGCAGCACAGCGAUCAGGUUUGAAUUAGGCCCUAAAUACCACACUGUAAGACUCUUCUAAUUGUAUAGUUGAUAGGGUAGAAUGUAGAAAUAAGUACUAAAGUUGUUCCAAAUGCAAGGGUUCCAUUGUGUCACACAUGUCCUGGGUUUUGUCCUACCGAAACAGUGUUUCUGUAGCAUCCAUAAGGGAUAUUGGGGACACAUUAGUAUGAUGGGUAGAGACCGAGUCCAAAGGAGCCAGUGCACUUUAAAUUUCUUCACUCGGUGUGCUGGCUCCUCCCCUCUAUGCCCCCUCCCAUAGGCAGUUUCGAAAAAAGUGCCCUCAGGAGAGGAUGCACAUCUCUGUAGCUCCAGGGUUUUCUUCAGUUUUAUUUCAUACCUGCGCCAUGGGAGCUGGGGGGGGGGCGCGGGGUCACCAGCCUCGCGAGGUGUCAGAGCAGCUUCCCCGCUGCAGGACCACCGUCCUGAGAGGUUGUUUGUUCAGCGGGGCACUGCGUCUUAGCUGUCGCGAUCACAGCACGCCACACACCCCUAACCUAAGCCUGAAGGUGACAACAGUGGUGAGUACAGACUGGGCCCCCGGUUCAUGGUGCAGCUGACAUAUGUCAGCUGGGUAGGCAUAUGGGACCCUCCUAGGGGGGGGGACCCGCUAUAGUCCCCUGUGUAAACUGGCUAGCGGUGGCUUAACCUAACACUUGUGUGGCGUUUUAAGCACUUUUGGGAGACUUUGCCAGUAUAAAGAUAUCAGUAUCUCCGGCAUCAUUGGGGGA